GGGGGUUGGGGAGGGUGGAGAGGCCGGGUGGCGGGAGUUGGGGAGGAUGUUCCUACCACCCUGACCACCUCCCUAGGUUUUUGCAGAGCUAAACGGCCUCAUGGUACUUAGGGACUGGUACUUAGGACAGAGAAGCAUUCACUGGAGCCCCCACCUCCUUCCUUGAUGGAUUCUUACCUGCUGCUCAAGUGUCUCUGCUGGGUUUUUGUGGCACUUUCCAGUGAGUGGUGUUUGUGGCACUUUACCUUUAAAAAAUAUUGUGACAGGGACUAGGAAGACUUGCUAUAUUAAUGCCAGUCAGGAAGGGAAUGAGGGGUGAGAUGGUGGCCGUCUGGGUAGAAGAGGGAAACGAAAAGCUUAUAGCAACUGGGAGGCUAAGGGGUGAACAGCCCAUGACACUGCCUCUCUGGCGGCAGUGCCACGGGACCAGGACCUACCCCAACACCCCCAGGGCACCCACAGAAGCAGAGCCCUCUGGGAGAAGCAUUUGGCUUCUCCUCUGUGAGCCUCUCGGGAAAGAGGCAUUUUUGAGCCAGGAGGUGCUGGGUGCCCCUUCCAGGCCCAGGUUUCCUGGCCAGCAGCGCUGCUGCCAACCCCCAGCUGACCCUGGCUGAGGCCUCUGCACUCACAGCUCUGGGGGGUCUCCCGCUGCGGCCAGCUCGACCGACCAGAGGAGGAAGGCAGGAGCGGCGUUCCCUGCUCCUACGUGGUCACGGCAGAAGCAACCACGGGGGCUGCAUUAACUGUUUAAGACAGUUACUGCACAAAGUCUCCGCUUUCAGCCCCUUGAAGUCUGAAGAGCAGAGGGCGCGAAGACCACAAAUGGGAAACCCAUGGAAUCACAGGGCGGGGAGAGGGAGAAGGAGAAGACACCACCUAGAUUCGGUUCCCAGUACUGCCUCCAGCAGCUCUGUGACCUCGGACAAGCCAGUCAACUGCUCAGUUCCAAUGUUCUCUCUGUAAAAUGGUGAUUAAUAGUAUCUACCUAGCAGGGUAGUUGAAAGGAUUGUUGAGAUAAUCCAAAGUGCCUUGGAAGAGGCCCAACCAAGAUGUGAACAGAUAAUCAAAUGUUUGCAGGUCCUGGGUGAAGACUAAGUGUUCUGCCUGCAGAUAGGGCCGUGCAGGGCAAGUUCCCUGCCUCUUACCAUCCUGAGGGAGACGCUGGGUUUUCAGAAGCUGUUUGAAUGUCAAAGGCAGAGAACCGGGGGAGUUCGUCCCAUUGAAAAAGAGGUAAGGGGAGCAGAAGUUGUGAACAUAUUAAGUUGGGCCAGCUUCUCCCCGAAAAGGCCCAGGGAGCAAGUCACAGGCAGAGGGAGAAGGAGAGCUGACCCCCCGACUCUCCUGGUCUCCAUAAAACGCUGGGUUGGGUGCUCAUCUCACCCACACUCUGCCCCCUGGCUGCAGAGGGGAUGCUGUGGGUAGCCAGGUCCCACAGGUGCAGCCUGAAGAGCCCUGUCCUCGUGUGCAGCAGCUCUGGACCUCAGGGCCACCAGCACCCAGUGGCUCAAUCCAGUGGCAUCCCAGAGAUCACUGGCAGUAAGGAUUCCUUGUGACACUUUGCAAAGUGUGUUUGCGUCUGUUAUCUGCUUGGAAAAAGAAGACAUUAAUUCAAAUCCUAGCUCUGUCCCGUGACCCUGGGCAAGUCAAUCCACCUCUCUGGGCUUCCGUUUUCUCAUCUGUAAACUGAGAGGUUGAACUAAAUCAAGAUUCUUAAUCUUUUGAUGAAUAUGGACCCCUAGGAAAAUCUGACGAAAGCUGUGGACUCUUGCCCCAGCAAAUUUCUCAAAAAAGUUCGGGGAGUUCCCAGAACCCCUGAAGUCCAUCCAGAGUCCGUCAGAGUGGCAUGGACCUGGACUAGACGGCCCCUACAUUCCCUGUGAGCUCCAAGGACUUCUUCUUCCUCUUAACUCCUCCUCUUUCUUAUGUGGAGCAAGGGGCCCUGUGGCAAGCAUGCGAGAACGUGCGAAAUAGAGCAGGCCUCAGAAGCAGAAUUAAUUGGUGACAUCGAAAUAAACUGAAACAGGUCAACAUUGAGCUUUUAGUCAAAAAAGCCAGCUACUGGGCUAAAUGAGCAGAAGGAGGUGGCCGCCACUGGGAAACAAUUCUCUGUCUCCCUCAGCACUACAUGGAGGCACUGUGUCCUGGAGGCCACACUGGGCAGGGGUGGGAGGAGAGCUUCCACAGCGGCGAGGGGCUGGGGGACAGGCUGCAUCGCUGACCUGGAAUGACCCUGAGACCCAGAGGGAGGGCCCGUCUGCUGAUUCCAGCAUAAUAACUCCAACUUCCUGUGCAUCCUCUUUCAAUCCAAACUGUUCCGUGUCUUCCAGGCUCGCGAAGUUGAAUUCCAUGCCUGGAAGUGACCUUUCUUCCUUCCUCCCACUCUUCUUCUCUCCUUUCAUCCCUUCCUCCCUUCCUCUCUUCUCUCUUCCUUCUAUAAAUGUUUAUUUUGUGCCUAUUAUGUGCCAGGCACUGUUACAGAAAUGAACAAAAUAGGCAAAAAUAAUUUCCCUCGUGGAGAUUGCUCUCUAGUAUAAGGAGAGACAGUAAAUAAAUAUACAGAUAAAAUAGAUAAUAUAUCAGUUGGUGAUAAUGCUAUGCCAAAAAAAAGUGGAGGAAGAUAGAAAGUGCUGGAGGUGGGAAGCGUGCUUGCUGUUUUAAAAAGACUAUUCAGUGAAGGUCUCAUUAAUAAGGUGAUAUUUGAGCAGCAACUUAAAGGAGAUGAGAGAACAAUGCAUGCAGAUAUUUGGGGGGAAUGUUUUUCACGCAGAGAGAACAGUAGGUGCAAAGGCUCUGAGGCAGGAGUGUGCCUUAUGAACUGAGGCCGCUGUAGCCGUAGCAGAGUGAGGGAGAGAAUGGUAGGCUUGCGGUCAGAGCAGUAGCAGGAGCAUUGUGAAGACCGGUUCAACUCAAACAGAUGGGCAGCCAGUGCAGGGUUGUGAGUGAGAACUGACAUGAUCAGGUGUAGGUUUUAAGGGUUUUUUCUGGCUGCUGAGUUAAGAACAGGCUCUAGGCAGGCCUUAGACACUAGCAAGAUCAUCAGCUGAGAAUGAGGACGAGGGAGAAGAUAUGGAAGUUUGAGAGGAGGAAGGGGUGCAAUAGUCACCCAGGAGAACAGGAGAUUGAGUGAACUAGGGAAGUCUGGUGGAAUUGCCAGGGUCCCUUUGGAGUUAGUGGUCACUGAUAGUGGCCAUUGACUUAAAGUCAGCAUAGUUUUCUAUUUUGCCCCAGUCAUGUUUGGCUGUGCAGAUGCAGACACUGAGUGGAUGGAAAGUAUUUAACUGGGGUUGGGUAUUGCUAGAAGGAUGUCAUGAAGUGAAAGCGGAUUAAGGGAUUUGAGUGGGUAUGCAAGGGCGUGAGUAUAACGAUGAAGUGAUAACAUGAGAGGGUGAUGGAGAGUGAAAGGUGGUAGGACAAUGGAGCAGAGGUCUCAGAGGUGCUGAAGGAUUGCUGGUAUUGGAGCAUUAGAGGGAGUGAGCUGAGGGGUAGAGACUAUUCAUUAUGGUAUGCUAGUUGAUGAGACAAAUAGGCCUCAGAAUUUAAGCCUCAAAAACAAUAGAUGUUUAUUUCCUACUAGCGAAACAACGAAAAAUAAGUGUUCCUCCUCGGCAGAUAGUUCUCCAAGCAAUGGUGCAGGGACCCAGGCCUCUUCCAUCUUGUGGCUCUGCCAUGCCUUAGGGCCCCGGGAUCAUCUGCAUUUGGCUAGCAGAAGGGGAAAUCAAGAACUCGCUUGUUAAAAACCUUGGCUCAGAAGUGAUUCUCAUUGUGUCCACUCACAUUUCACUGGCAAGAACUGGUCUCAUAGCCACACAGCAAGGCGGUGAGCCCCUUCUCAGAGGGAACUACACUAUGGAAGCGAUCAUGUCAGUUUCGGUGGGCUAUUAGCCAUCUCUGUCAUACAUGUGGUGAUGAGAGAGUGGGAUGAUAGAAAUUCAGAUUAUAGAGGAUUUGUAGUUAUCGGCCUACAGAAUGACCAAAGGCACCAGGGGCUGCCGGGAGGACAGAGCCACCAGAGGAGGGGUGGGCACACAGGAGUCAGAAGGAGAGGUGUUGAAAUCAGCAGGAAUCGUGCAUGGAGCAGUGUUGAGAGAGCGACAGUGAGCUCGGGGCUAAAGCCAGCAGCACGAGGGGAAGACUAUCACGGGUCGGGGCAGGGGUUGUGACAAUCUCCUCAGAGAAGCGUGGCCUAUUUCCAUGUCCUUUUAUUUUUUCUGACCUCAGUUUCAUGGUCUUUAGGGAGGUGACACUCUUUUCCUUCACAAAGUGCUUCUGCAGUUACCACACUCCUUUCCCACCACACUCCUCCAGACAGAUUUCUGGUAAGGCCAAGACCACAUCCUAGGCAUCUGCUAAUGUUUCUCUAAGAAAUGCUGGUACUUUUUGGAUCCCUGGAAAUCUCUGGUUGUGUCUCAAAGCCAUAGCUGGCCUUGUGCAUUCGCCCUCUUUUGGUAACCAUUCACUCAUGCAGGCAUGUGCAUACACACACACCCCCUCACAUACAUGCACACAUAUUCUCACACACACAUACAUUUACACACUCACACAUACACUCAUACACACGCACCCCCCCUCCACUCUUCAAUGCAUCUGUCUUGUUCCUUCACUCUCCGAGCCAUAAUUAAUAACCUCACUCCACACUACACAGCCCUCAGGGAGUUACUGGAGGAGAGUCUUUAACCGCCUGAAAGGAAACAAGGAGAGGAUAUGAACAGUUACUUCCUGCGAGCACAGAAUAAGAAAAUGGCCAUGAGCUUCAGCAGAAGAAAAUUAAGGUAGAAUUAGAAGGCAUUUUUUAAUCAAGAGGAGUCGAGAUCUUUGGACUUUAAGUAAUCUCCCUCUCUACUAAUUUUUAGAAAGAAUUUGACAGCAUUCUGUCUGAGAGAAAUACAGGGCUGAGAGCAACGCAGCUCAGAAGCCAACGGCUCUCAAAGGACUUUUCAAAAUGCCUUUUCCCCAAGACUCUACAAAGGGAGGAAACCGAACUGUGGCUGUCGCCAACCUGGGCUUAGAAACUCUGGGCUCUGCUUCAGGGCUCCAGUCUUUGGUUCACAACCCUCCUGAGGAGGAGAACGACCUUGGGCAUCAGGGAAAGCCAUGUUUCCCCAAGGUCAGUACAAUUAACACCUUACUUGACUGUGGAAGUGUGAAAAGAGAUGCCCCAAAUGAGCCCACCUAUUAACAUUCUUCCCAAAGGGUCAGAUUGCUCUUAUUUGCCGGGUCUGAAAAGGAGGCCUGGGUUGAGCUGGGAAAGAGCUUGCUGCUGCCCAGACACCUGGAGCUGUCAAACACUCUUCUGUCAUCUUCUGUCACCUCCCACACUGUCAGCUGCUUUAGCCUCAGACCCAUCCUCUGCCCUCCCUCUGGGGCCUCAGAGCCUGCUGAGAGCAGAAUCCUCGCCUACUAACCCUCAGAGUCAGAACAUUCUAGUAACUUAAGUCUGUCCCCUAUCGAUUCAUUGUCUUGUCAGGGAAUCUCACUUAUAAGUGAAGAACGGGCACAGAAGCCCUCCAGGGAGGGAGAGACCACCAUCCUAGCUUUGGCCUUUCUUCUCUGUCUCUCUGCCCACACUGGGGUCCCGGCUGGAUCCCAUUCUCCUUCUAAUUCACCCAUCUUAGCUUAUGUUCCACAUAAACCUAUUUCUUUAAUUUUUAUCUUCAGUUCAGGUGAAACCAUGCUAACAGUUUUCCAAGGUGUUUCUCUGAGAAACAAAAGAAACACUAAGUGGGAACAAAUAUAAGCAUCACAGGCACCUAUCUACAGAAGCCCGUUUCCUACCUGAGGUCUAAGCAGAGCAGGGCUCACUUGGCACAGCUUCCAGGUAUGACGGCCUGGGCUCCUUUGCUCACUUCAACCUUUUCAACCCUUGAAUGUGUCCUUCUGCCUCCCCUUCUUUGCCUCCUCCCUCCAGUGGGGAGAUCGCUGUCAGAGCCCCGACUAUGGUGCCCAGUCCCAGGUAAGUGGACCGAUACGCCACACUCAGAGAAUGGUCCUUCAGACAUAUGUUCCUGGACAGGGAGGCCGGAGUCCUGGCGCCAGCACAACUUCACAACCAGCCCUGAAUCUUCGGCAAACCUGUUUUCUCUGUCUGAGCCCUUUCCUUCUCGUCUUCUCCCUGUUCUGGGUGCUCAUCAAGGUCCUUCGUAAGUCAUACAUUCUAUAGGCAGAGCAAGGAAGAGCAGAGUCGGCUUCUCUCCAGCCCUCUCCCCAGCAAGUGUGAAGGGUUAUUUCCCCACCCAACAGUGGGGAACCAAGCCCAACAAGAUGAGGUUUUAACCCUCCUUUUCAAUCACAGCCUUUUUUCUCAGAAAACCCUUAAGUCAUAUCCGCCUGUUCUCAACUCCUUGGUCGCUUGCCAAGAUGGCCACAGGAGAGGAACACAUCACACAAACACUUCUUCUGUUCUUCACGCCCCGCCCCCUCCCAAACUGCCAAAGUCGAACAGAGGGCAACUGGAGCAGGGUCAUUUAGCUGCCUGGGGCCUGUCGCUGCCAUGUUCUUGCUGAGGUGGACUGGCCCUGAGCAGGAUGGGCGCUCAGAGCACCCGAGGCCUCAGAUCACUCAGUUCCUGCUUUGUCAGGGGCAAGGUGUGGUCUAAGACAGCACAACCCAGGUGACAACAUAAGCCACACAGCAGAAAAGGAAACCAGAUCAAGUGGAUAGCGCACGUUGCAUACUUGUGGUAUAAUCAUUUACAAAGGCCAAGUGACCUCAAGAUCGUAGUGGGGGCCGACUAUGAGAGCGAAGUUCCUGGUCUCUAAACAGCGGUCUACAGAUUCAGGUGUAGGCAGAACAUAGUAGAACCUCCAUUUAUUUUAUUUUAAAUUUCACCAUUCAAAAUUUCGCAUUGUGUAAUGUACACGUUUAAACAGUUCAAUUUAUAAGUAACAUACGUAUGUUGGGGUGAAGGCUCAGGAAUGUAUUUACGGGGAAAUGUAUGUUAUCAAAAUGUUUGGAAUCCACUAUCAAGCAGUUGUGCUGUUUGCUCAGUUGUGUACUGGGGUGGAGUUUUUCCAACUGCUAGGAAUGAAUUGUAGUGGGGAGACCGGGCAGCUGGUGGGAACUGAGGUGCUGUCACAUUCCACUUAAGACAACAGCAGCAGGGGACUGUCUCUGUCUGAGAAAGGAGGAGACAGGAGCCCCAAGAAGGCCAGAAAACUGUGUUGGUCUCAGCCAGGCCCCAAGAGAACCCAGGUGGAAUGUUUGCACUUUCUCAGCCAAGGCAGCCAGAGGCAUCCCAGAGAGGAGAGAAUUACACAUGGUCAUUCUCCAAACCUUAACUCAGCACUUUCCUGCGCAUCCCUGUCUUCAUCCUGGAACCCAAUAAACAUAAUCUAAUCACUCUUCUCACUGGAACAAGCCCGGGAGAUCAAGGGGAAGUGAGCAGUGGACCUAAUCUUUCCCACAUUCUGUUUGUACAAAGUGAUCCUCCGCAAGCUGGAAGAACGCUAUGCAGGCGCCCAAGCAGGGCUGCCAUGCGGAGGAAGGAACCCAGAGGCCAGCUCCCUCUGCAAUGACGUCAGUGCUGGCCUAAUGGGUCCAGGCUGUUGACUCUGCCUGCAGAAUGGAAAGCUUUCUCCUCGAGCCUGGCACCAAACUGGAGAGCAGGGCUGACACUUGGAGGUCAGGACUAGCAUUGAAAGUGGCCUUGAUAAAAGGAGUGUUGUUAAGGACAAAUAUAGAAAAGGGAUGGAAAGACAAAUCACACAGAUUGGACUGGUCUGUGUACCAACAGAAAAAAAGAAACCUCAAUGAUGAAAGUCAGUAGUUGAGGUAUAAAUUAAAAGAAGUAAGCAUGAGGCUCGCACUCCAGGGCUCUUUCUGCCAAGAGUUUAACACGCCCUAGAGCAUCCUUCAGCCAAUUGCUCAUCCCUAAGUCCCAGCAAGAUGAUGCGGGCAAUCUUCCCAUUCCCUAGGAGAGGACUUGAUUUACUGAGAGAUGCCUGGAUCACCUGCCCACGGAGCACAGCUGGACGCAGGACUCCCCUGAGCUCUACUCUUCCUACCACAGGAGACUCACCACUCCCUGUUCUCUCCCUCCAUCACUCAGAGCACCCCAAGAUCUGGCUACCUCGGGCCCUGAGGCAGACCUACAUCCGCAAGGUUGGAGACACCGUGAACCUACUAAUCCCGUUUCAGGGCAAACCCAAACCUCGAGCCACGUGGACAUGUGAUGGCUGUGCCUUGGACGCCAGUCGUGUGAGUGUGCGGAAUGGGGAGCGGGACUCCAUCCUCUUCAUCCGAGAAGCCCAACGUGCAGACUCCGGUCGCUACCAGCUCAGUGUGCAGCUGGGCGAGCUGGAGGCCACCGCCACCAUUGACAUCCUGGUGAUUGAGAGGCCAGGCCCUCCUCAGAGUAUCAAGUUGGUGGAUGUUUGGGGCUCCAACGCUAUCCUGGAGUGGACACCUCCCCAAGACACAGGCAAUGUGGCACUCCUGGGAUACACGGUGCAGAAGGCUGACACAAAAUCUGGGCUAUGGUUCACAGUACUGGAACGUUAUCAUCGCACCAGCUGCACUGUCUCCAAGCUCAUUGUCGGCAACUCCUAUGCAUUUCGAGUCUUUGCUGAGAACCAGUGUGGACUCAGUGAGACAGCCCCCAUCACUGCCGACCUUGCCCACAUCCAGAAAGCAGCUACUGUUUACAAGACAGAGGGGUUUGCCCAGCGAGAUUUCUCUGAAGCCCCAAAGUUCAGCCAGCCUCUGGCAGACUGCACUACAGUCACUGGCUAUGACACCCAGCUCUUCUGCUGCGUCCGCGCCUCUCCCAAGCCAAAGAUCAUCUGGCUGAAGAACAAGAUUGACAUCCAGGGCAACCCCAAGUACAGAGCCCUCACUCACCUGGGAAUCUGCUCCCUAGAAAUUCGCAAGCCUGGUCCCUUUGACAGGGGCAUCUACACCUGCAAGGCGGUUAACCCCCUGGGGGAGGCGUCUGUGGACUGUCGGGUGGACGUGAAAGGUAAGGGCAGCGCUCGUGCCUUAGGGUGCAAGCAUCUCCUCUCUCCCCAGCUGGAAAAGUCGUUGGCAGAGACCCAGCCUCCACGGGGAAGGGCCUGGUUUGCUUCCUCCUUCAGGUCCCCUCAUCACUGGCAUCAUCGGGAUGUACUUGAGGAGCUGCUCUGAUGGUCCACUAUUUCAUUUCUCUCCAUCAAUUCUGUAACACGGGAAGAAUCGCUAUUUCCAUUUUGCAAAGGAGAAACCUGAGGCACAGGGAGGUGACUGGUUUACCCAACAUUUCCAGUGUUGGUUGAGGAGCUGGCAUUAUGGUGGAAAGAGCCCAUGUCUCCUGGGCCUCACCCAGAUUGUUUUUCUUUAAAAUAUGCAAUCUUCUGAAUCGAUUCCCUCUGGGGGACUUUCCCCUCUGGUUUGUUAAAAGGGAAUAUUGUACCUCCUCUCUAUCUCUUAUAAAGUACUCAUUCAUUUAUCCAUUCCUGUCACCUUGUUCAGAGCUCCAUCGUUGCAUUUAGCAUAUUGUUUUAUAAUUGUCUAUUUCCUGAUCUGUUUCCUCAUUAGAUUAUGGGCACUGUGAGGGCAGGGACAGUCUCAUUCGCCUUUGUCUCCCCAGGGUUGAGCCCCAUUUCUGACACACAGUGGGCACUGUCUAAGUGCGUGUAGCAUGAAUCAGGAGUGAAUGGGCCUUUCCAUGUGCUGCUCUUCCCUGUGCAUGGACUCCUAAUUAGCACCAUGGACUCUCGAAAAACCUGAGUAUAUCCCUUCCCAAUGCUCCGAAAGAAGGUUUCCCAGAGAUUUCCGAGAUGUUAACAUUGAGAAAUGUCUGAAUUCUUGCAGCUCCUCAUUGAAGCUCCCUAAGAGGACAUGGCAACUCUGAGGAAGGUAAGGAGAGAGGGACAGGGGUCUGAGUGAGAUAUUUCAUGUUUGUGGCUAGUGUUGUUGAGUCUGAGAUAGCUAUGCAUCCCUGAGUCUUUCAACCAUGCACUCGCUGGUGACCACUUUUCUUAGUAAGCUAGUACAACCUUCCCUGUGGAGGGAAUUUACCACAGAUGAUGUCUACUUUUGUCGCAUCUUCUAUCUAUCUGUACUCCUCAAGCUGAUGAUAGGAAUUAAACCUAAUGGUCCUCUGAAGAAGAGUGACAGCAUCUAGCUAAUUGCAAGGGGAUUCUGUGGGAGGGAGGUGGGCAGGUGCUAGAAGAAAAGGUGUCAAGGGAACAAUCAGGAGUGGAGGAUGGAUGAGGUUACCUUUACCUCAUGGCGGCAGCAUGGAAGAGGAGAGAGGAAGCUGCUCCUGUCAAUUAAGUGUUUCUACCUCAGCAUCAUAAGCAUGGUGAGAAACAAAUUAGUUUGCUUGUUUUUUACUUUGAAGUUUAUGGAUUCUUUCCCUUCCAAGAGAAGAAAACCACCAUCAUCAUUGCAUGUCAAUAAUAAUUGAACAUGUGGGUAUGUGGUCCCAAGCAGCACAUCAUUGGCAAAGGGCAACUCAGUUCAUCAUUUAGAAUUUGACAGUUCCUUCAUAUUCUAAAUCAUUCACAGCAGAAAUGUUGUGUACAAACUGGUGAGUGAGGUGAAAAAGAAGCUCAGGAGAGAAUUAAGGAGAACUGGUUCCCAAUGUCUCCUCUGCCCUGGAGCUCCCAGCUGAUGAAAAUUGAGAAUGAAUUCCAUUCCAGAAGCCAUUAUUUAAGCCUAUCAUUGAUAUACAGCAAAUGAAAACCCUACGGGAUGCAUUAAAAGCAUAGACUUCUCAGGAGAGCUCUGUCUGCCAGCUGGCCCUCAAAGCCAGCUCUCUCGCCAUCCUUCCGUUCCCUCUGUGUUAAUGUUAACGUCGUGUUGUGUUGGUGUUGGCCUUGUUAGUGUUAGCUGCCCUCCUACCUCUCUCCCAGCCAGUGCCCAGCAAUGAAGCAGAGUAAGUAGAGAAUUCAUAGCACAGGAUCCAGGGACCAUAAAGAGGGAUUGCCUCAGCAUCCUGGAUGUGCUCUGGCUGUUUGCUGUUAUGGCCACAGCAGACCUUCUCUUUUCUGUGCUUCCAGGAAGCCUGAUUGUGCUGAGAUUGUGUUCUUGAGGAGCUCCAGUCCAGUGCCUGGUUUGGACUAAUCUAAAUAAAUGUGUGCAUCCUCAGUG